AUGGCUCCCCCAACAGCCACAGAAACUGUUAGCAACAUUACGGUGCGGGCGCCGCAGUCGCAAGCGGCUGGCGCCGAGAAGGCCAAGGUCAAGAUGCAGAUGCCGUCUAUGCCAAAGUUCGAGGAUAAGAUGCAGGAGCGAGAGUUUCUGAAGGGUCGCCUGGCCGCUGCGUUCCGGAUCUUCGGCAAGUUUGGAUACGAUGAGGGCGUCGCUGGACAUAUCACCCUUCGCGAUCCUGUCGACCCGUCGACCUUCUGGGUGAACCCGUUCGGCACGGCCUUUUCGCUCAUGAAGGCGUCCGACUUGAUUCAGGUCGACCACCAGGGCAAGGUCAUCGACGGCGGGCCGAACCGCAUGCUCAACGCCGCUGCGUUUAUGAUCCAUUCUGCUAUCCACGCUGCGCGCCCGGACGUGUUGUGCGCAGCUCAUAGCCACAGCCUUUACGGGCGCGCAUUCUGCUCGCUGGGCCGGCCUCUCGAUAUCAUUUCGCAGGAUGCCUGUUCAUUCUAUGACGACCACGUAGUAUACCAACAAUUCAACGGCAUCGUCCUCGCUGAGGAAGAAGGCAAGAGUAUCGCUGCGGCCCUGGGUGACAAGAAAGCCGCCCUCCUGCAGAACCACGGUCUGCUCACCGUCGGUAAGACUAUCGAAGAGACUGUCUUCUGGUUCGUGAGUCUGGAAAAAUGCUGCCAUGCGCAACUCCUUGCCGACGCCGCAGCGACCGGACGAGGUGGACAGACGGUGAAAAUCGACGAUGCGGACGCUGCCUUCACGUACAAGACUGUCGGAACGCCGCUAGCUGGGUGGUUCAGUGCCAAGCCACUGUUUGACGUUAUCCACAAGGAGACUAACGGAGACUACCUGGAAUAA